AAACAAAAGCUGACAAAUAAGGGGAAAAAAAAGUUUGAUGUGACAGCUUCAGCCAGGAUCCCUGCACCAGAUUAGUCCCCAAGUGCAGGAGAAUGUGCCGUGUGGACUGUGCAGGGUGCCUGGGGUGUACCCUCAUUCCUCUGGCUGUGUUGGGCACCCUGACAAAUAUUCUACUCUUCUUUCCUGGAGCAGGCGUAAUAGACAACAAUGUAAACCUUACCGAAGAGGUCUGGUAUUUUGGAGGAAUAUUAGGAUGCGGGGUCUUCAUGAUUUUUCCUGCUCUCUCAUUGUUGAGUCUGAAGAAUAGUGACUGCUGUGCAUACGAUGGCCAGGAGGAUCGUGGGAAGAAGCUCAAAACAUUUAAUUCCAUGAUGUUUUCUGGGAUUGGCAGUGUGGGAGCUUUAUAUGCAUUGAUCAUCUCGGUGAUUGCUAUUAAUAGGGGUCCCAAAUGUUUUGUGGGAAACAAUACAUGGGAGUAUCCCUUUCGUGACGGGAACUAUCUCAAAGACAAAAACUUGUGGAAUAACUGCAAAGAGCCUACUCAUAUCGUGCCCUGGAACUUGACUCUCUUUUCCAUCCAGCUCAUCAUAAGCAGCAUUCAGAUGUUACUCUGUGGCUCUCACAUGGUCAAAAGCUUCUCUGAAAUUAUCUGUGGAGGGUGCCAAUGCCCUGUGAUCUGUGGGGUGGACCAAAUUGUUUCACCUUCCAUCCCAUCUCCUGUGGAAGUAUAG